UUAUGGAAAUCUACUAAUGUGAAGUUAAAUCUUCUUUGCAACCUUGAGAAUAUUGAUGCUACAAAUUUUUAUGGAAUAUCAAGAAAAAUCCUUGUUCAUUUACAAAAGUAUUAUAACUAUAUUAGUUUGAAACUUUUGCCUUAUUCAAAUGAAAAGUAUUUUUUUGGAAAUAUAAGGCAAUGCUAUAGACUUGAUAAAUGUCAACGAAACAGUCUUCAUUUUUUCACUAAACUACAUAAUUCAAAGAAGCAUACUAAACUUAUAUAUAAUCAAAAGAAGAUAAGAUAUAUUAACCAUAAACUAAGAAACAAUUAUUUAUCCAUCAAUAAAAGGAAGAAUAACAAAGAAGAAAUAAAUAGUAAAAUUAAUUCAAAUUAUAUUUGGAAUUCUAAUGGAAUGCAGAAUUAUACAGUUGCAACUACUCUUUUUCCUAAAAUUGAAAUGGAAAAAACUGUUCCAUUAUAUGAUAUUGUGGACUUAUUUGCAAACUUAAAUUUAGGCCAAGUAAAAAAUAAUACUAAUCCUGUUAAUGUGAUAACAAAGUAUGAAGGUAAUCUGGAUAAUGCAGACAAUGAUAAAUCAACUUUAUCCAAUAAUAUAAAUUCUAUGUGUAAAGUUAUAAUGGAAGAAUCAAUUCAUCAUCCUUUUACUGGCAAAUCAAAUGAAAUUAUACAAUUAUCAAAUUAUAAUUACAUUAAUACAAAUUAUUCUAAUACACAAUGUAAAGUAAAUUUUAAUUCUGGAAAUAAUUUGAAGAAAGGAUGUUCAAACAUAAAGUAUUUGAUAAAUGAUAUUCCACCUAAAGAAGCUAUAGAAGUACAUUCUGAAGAUGUUUCAUGCAAAGCACGUUCUAUACAAUGGAGUACUGAAGUUGAUGUGAUUUAUUAUACUGGUGAUGCAAAUGGAGAUAAAGUAAUAUGGAGAGAAAUAGAGCCACUUCAUGAAGAAACAUAUCAACAGGCAAAUCAUAAUGAUCUUCUUCGGAUAAUCUGACAAAUUAAAAUAUAAUUUCUUCUAUGAAUGAUUAUCAGUCUUUUGAUUCUUAAUUAAGAUUUCGCCUUUGAAUACAACGUAGAAAUUCUUCAUACAUUGGGGCAACAGUUUCCAUAUUAGCAACAGUGAAAACAUGCCUUUUCUCCAAAGCAAUGUAAGCUGUUUUUAGAACUUCUUUACUUAAGAGUUUUUCU